AUGAGACAACGACUGCAUCAUAUGGCUGAAGCGAGUGUCGCAGAGGAAGGGAUAGAUUGCUCCGUGUUGCGGGAUAACUGCCAAGUGGCAUCUCCCGCUAGGGAAGGUGCACGUCGGAGAGGUGUCAACGACAAAUACCACAGCCCUGGCAGCAGUGUACCAAGUGGCUCCGGUUGCACGUCCCCUGCCAACCACCAACAAAAUGCCGAUAAUGCCGUUGAUACCAGACCCAUCGCGUCACUUUUUACUAUGUUUGAUGUGGAUGAUUGCGGUGCCUUGAGUGCCCCGCAUGGCGCUUCUGCUGUUUCCGCUGCGAGUCUAAGCAGUCAUCCAUCUUCUAUAGCAUAUGAUAUGGGGAGCCAAAGGAAUGGCUAUGCGUCGAGUGUGAGUUAUUCUUGUCUCCCGCGACGCAACUGCACGGAUGCAUCACAGACAAGGGAGGGUUCCAUUACAGGAGAUCUGAAUCGCCCCUGGCAGCACAAAAAUCAACGACCACCGCAGUUGUCACAGACGCACCUCAGUUAUCCCGCGCCGUACCGCACGCUGGGGUUUAAUCCCUUUUCUGUGUAUGGCAUGAUGAGUUCGCCGGAUAUGGCCACCAAGUCUCUUGCUGCAGUUAGUACAAAGCCACAGCACGAGCCGUAUGGGUACAGCUCCAAUAUGAUAUCACCUAUCUCUGCUGGCAAUCCGCUGAGGACCCCGCGCGACGGCACAUCUCCAUCUCACAUGUCAGCUGUUGCAAUGCAGACCACCACCGAAGAGGAUGACAAUGUGACCGUGACAAUCCGGCCGAAGAUGCGACGUGCCUCUGGCUCCGCUGGAACUGGCCUCGUGUUUGGAAGCCCGCACUUUCCUCACCAGUCUCACACACGUUGUACUCCAGGGGUGACGUCAUUAUGCUGCACUUCGCUCAGUGAAACUCAGACGAGAAUAAAUACAAGUGUAUUAUCUAUCGAGGCGACGCCAAUGAAGGACGAUCCGCCACAACCUGACUUUGUGACACAAGCUCCCACAUUCACGGAGCAAGACGGAAGACGUGUGUGCAGUGACGAAAAGUGCUCUAUUGGCGAUGUAGAAUUGCCCCAGGCAGUACUCUCUUCUUCGGCGAAACCAAAAACUGUAACUAAUGGUGAAAAUAGCCACAAGAAUGAUAAAGAAGACGAGUUUAGAGAAAAAAGCAAUUCUAAACAACAGCAAGUUUCCCUAAACGAUGAACACUUACGAGUUGUCGUAGUGAAAGGGAAGUACCAGUGCAAGCGCUUUGUCACUGAUUUGGAUUCAGUAGCGAUCGGAACGUUGGUGAUUGUGGAAGGCGAUCGGGGAGAAGACAUUGGCACCGUUGAAAGCAUCGAGGACUACGUAAGUGCUGUUGCAGCUCAUGCAGCAGAAAAAGCAACUACACCUGUGGAGGACGGCGAUGAAUGUGCGAAAGACGCCACUGAGGAAGGGCACCACUUGAAGGGUGCCGUGACGGGUGCGGGGAGUAAUCAUAGCAGUAGAAGUAGUAGUGGCCACAGUGACAAGAACGCUGGCGCAUCCAAAUCAUUUCCCUGCGUCUUGCGUGUGGCGACCGACGAAGAUCGUACCAAGCUCGCGGCUCUUCGCGCGGAGGAUGCCUCAGUUCUCCCUGAGGCAAGGCGAAUUGUCACUUCCUUCACCAACAGCACCCCCUCUUCGGCGGGAGUGACCACCGAGGACGUUGAGUACCAAUUCGACCGGCAGAAAAUCACCAUUUACGUGCGGCGACCUACCGAAACAGCCUUCGUGAACUUCCGACGUAUACAGCGGCGACUGUACCGGCUGCUGAAGUGCCGUAUUUGGCUCGCGUACAUGGAUGAGGUGGAGUCUGGCGAAGGUUUUGAUGUGCAGAAACAGAAACGCAAGGCAAAGAAGAAUGAAAAGCAUGAUGAUGUGAAGGAUAUAUUGGAGUGA